UACUCCGUCCAAGUUAAAGUUUAUUUGUUUUUGAUACUGUUCGUGCCUUUAAAGGUCAAUUAUAUUUGUUUAGUGUAAUCAGUUUAAUGGUUGUAUCAAGGAGAGAUCGUUACCGAUUUCGCACCAAGGAAAAGUGUCCUUAUGUGAAAGGAUCCAUAGCGCCACGAGUGGCUCCAUAUAAAUAUUACAGCAUUUCCCGGAAAGGCGCCCUACAGCCUGUUCAGCGCCGUUUACAAAAAAACCGCGACGCAGUUAUGGAUGACAGAGAGGGCGGCCCGGGGCGCCAGCAUUGUUGUGUAUUUAUAUCAUGUACAUAGUUAUAUCGACAAUAUGACAGACUUAUGAAAUAUAUGGCGUUUAAAUUAGUCUAGCCUGAGAUUUAUAAUUUUAUUUUAGUCAUCUCAGUCGACAGUUAUUGUGCUUAAUGUUAUACUCUACAUGCUUCUUAAAAUACGUGUUAUUAAUAAAUCAGGCACAGGAAAGUGUCGCGUUCUAGUUUGCACGUGCAGGCGUACGCGGUCGCCUUAGAGCCACAUACUUCUUCGUCGCUGUCAUCCUCUGUAGACAAUGUGCUGAUUUCUCGGAAAUCACACCGCCUCGCAGCAUGUUUGCGAGCUGCUGCGCGAGCUGGACCCGCCCCACAAGCGGCCGUCACGUGAGCGUGCGGGGAAUCCCGCUCUCCUCUUUAAAACAGCUGCGCUUCCCACUGAACGUCAGUUUUGUCGGAGCCAGCGGUGGCCGUGAGAGAAGCGCGCAGAUAGAGCGGAAUAAUCAAUUUCCAAAGGAUAUCAGUCAUAUACGUCGUUGCACAUCAUGCCUGUGGCACGCAUGCGAAUGAGGGCGUGGUUGGAAAAUCACCUUGAAUCGCAAACUAUCCCUGGAUUAGUGUGGCUGGACAAGGAUAAGAAGAUGUUUUCCAUUCCUUGGAAGCACGCAGCCCGCCAUGGCUGGGAGAUGGAAAAAGAUGCCAGUCUUUUUAAACAGUGGGCGAUUCAUACAGGAAAAUACAAGACAGGAAUAUCUCAUCCGGAUCCUAAAACGUGGAAAGCCAAUUUCCGAUGCGCGAUGAAUUCCCUGCCAGACAUCGUAGAAGUCAAAGACCAAAGCAUCAACAAAGGCUGUGCAGCUGUAAGGGUUUAUAGAAUGCUGCAGAAUGAUUCCAAGAAGAAAGAGAAGAAGGCGCGCACUAGAGAAGCUAAACAAAAGACGAAGAGAAAGGAGGAAGUUGAAAAUGAGGAAGCCAGUUGUCACAGUGUGCAGAGUGAGGAGCACGUGCCAGUACCUGGAAGCGUUGAGCACUCUCCCCAGUCAGAAAUGGACAUUUCAAGCAGUCCGUAUUCGACAGAUAAAGAAGGAUCAGUUGAAGAUCCAGACAGCAUGGAUAUCCAGCACCUCCUCCAGGUGUCACCAAGCCACUCCUCAGAUUUUGAUGAUAAAGUAACAGCUGAGCUCUUUCAGAUUACACAAGACUUGGAGCAGGACCCAUCGCAAUGGCAGGACAUCUUUCCGAACGGAUUCGGGCUGCAGAGCAACAUUGUGGAUAGUACCGACCCAUCAGACAGCUCACUGGACACCUGGAGUGACAAUUCAGGACAAGAAAUUGAGGUUCGAUUUUAUACUGAACUGAGGAGAAGCUUGGCAGACAGUGAGGAAAACCCCGGAAUGGAUCCUUGGUCCAUUUCCAGCUUUCUCCAGCAGCUUGGUUGAACGCCCCCAGCAAACCCCCCCCCCCCCCCCCCCCCCCCCCCCGCCACAACUUCACGAACUGUUAACAGGAUCUCAGGCAAAGACUGUUUUACCAUUGUGGAUGCUAAGAAAUCCGUCUUGUUCAAGCGAACAUCAAUCAUGAGGGACCCCCUGAAUGUCUGAAGUGCUUUUUGCUGACUUCAGUCAGUCGGCCAUCCAGGACUGCCAGCCAUCUCACCUGCUGAAUAUGCUCUUUUUAAAGUAUGCACUUUAUGUAGACUUAUAUGUGAAUUACUCAUGGACUUGCAAAAUGUGUUUUGUCAUCAGCUGUUAACCACUGUUUUGUUGACCUUACAUGAAAUUGCAUCUCCAUGAAUCUCUACAAAACCAUGUUGCAGGAUUUACUGAAAUUUGGCUUGAUCUAGCUGAUAAGGUAAAUUCUGCAUCAGUUUGUUUCCAUGCUAAACUGUACAUUUGUAAAUUUUGUAAAGAUUGCUAUUGUCUUAUUGACGUUGUUGAAUAUAUUAAUAAACAUGAAUUUUGCCAUAUUG